UUUUCUUUAAAUCCGAACUAGCGACCUGCGACCUUCUGUCGACUUCUACCUUUUUACCGUUUCGCCGAUCCAUCUAACAACUUUUUUUUCUGCAUCGACGUUCUUUUCCACCUACACAUAACAUAAACAUACACACACCCUCAUUCGCGCGCUAUCCAUUUUUACUUCUCGACACAUAAAUCAAGAUGCCUCGCAACCGUUCCGCCGCUCGUCCCGCCGCUCGUCCCGCUCCGGCUCGUCCCACGGUCCCCAGCAGAGCGCCUGCCCCCUCUUCUCAACAGACGCGGCCAGCAGCGACUUAUGCCCCGGCGCAAUCUGCGCACCCGCAUCCCCCUGCGCAGGCCGCUCCCCAGGGCUCCCAGGGACCCGGUUUGUUCGGCCAGAUGGCCAGUACUGCUGCCGGUGUCGCAGUAGGUUCCUCCAUCGGCCACGCGAUCGGCGGGCUCUUCGGCGGCGGCGGCUCCGCACCCGCCGAGGCCUCUCCCCAAGCCGCCAGCGCAGAGCAGCAGCAGAGCCAGUGGGGCAACAACUGCCAGGGCGCCACGCAGUCCUUCACCAAGUGCAUGGACGAACAGGGCGGAAACAUGCAGAUCUGCGGCUGGUAUCUCGAGCAGCUAAAGGCCUGCCAGGCUGCUGCUAGCCAGUACUAAGAUAUCUAUCUGUACUAAGAUGGCGUAGGGUAGGAAGAGGAAAGGAAAGGAAAGUGGCAAGGGAAGGCAGUGAGGAUGGCCGGGAAAAGGGGUAAUGAGAACUCUCCCACCUCUGCGCUUUUGGGCCGAAGGAAUCAUGUCCACUGGCUAUUCGUAUCGUCUUUAGCCAACGUAUAGUUAUGUCUGCGGAGUGCAGUUGCGUUUGCUUGCGGAGUCCUCGAGCCAAUGCUCCUGUAUAUACUGACGCAAGACGAUUUAUAAAGUAAAAAAACUUCACUCUACGUUCUUCGAUAUGUGCAUUCCCUCUAGUAUGUAUAAGUUGAAAGAUUUUGAUGCAUGAUCUAACAUAGCAAACUCAUUUAUUAUACAUGGUAGACUACAACAAAUUACAACUAGAUACUUUGUAAUUAAACAAGUAGCCUGGAAUUCUAGAUAUCUCUAACAUAGAGGCGAGGC